GCUAUGCGAUUAGCUUUGUUCCAAAGUCAAAGGUAUAGUCUGAAUGUUUUUUAAUCAAGUACGAGUGUGAGUCGGAAUACCCUGAGAAUUAUUCAAGUCCUAAAUCCAGACCAGGAUGGUGGAGUUCGCCUUUGAUAUCAAGCACCUCUUUCCGCAGUCGAUCAUCCGGGUGCAAGCGCACUCGCUGAGUCCCAAGGUCGCCCCAUGUAGACCUUACCCCCACACGAAUCGGGGACAACCGACGAGGAGCAGCUGCCGGCUUAGCGAAAUCCUAAACGUCAUGGGUAAGUUGUCGGCGGACGCGCAGGGGCUCCGCCAUGCAGUGACCUCAGCCGACAAGUUGGCUCCCGACCAGGUGGUAUAUCUAAUGGCGGACAAAGCGGCGGGACACUGGGAAAUCACCGGGCUGCUUAAGGUCGGCACCAAGGACCUCUUUGUCUUCGACCAGGGGGGCUGCUACCGACGGUUCAAUCAAACGCCAGCCAUUCUGGAUUUUUAUGUGCACGAGAGUCGCCAGCGCUGCGGCCAGGGCAAGCUGCUCUUCGAAUGGAUGCUGGAGAAGCAGGGCUGGUCACCGCAGAAGUGCUCCGUGGACCGACCGUCCAAUAAGAUGCUGGCCUUCAUGGCCAAGCACUACGACCUGGUCCGCACCAUUCCGCAGGGCAACAAUUUUGUGCUCUACGAAGGCUUCUUCGAUGAUCCCAUCACCACGAGCAAAUCUGCAAGCGGGCUUCAGGCGACCGGCAGUAUCCGCAACCAGAGCCAGGGUCACUACAAGCGCCAGGAACAUGAGCAGGCGCAGGUAGGCCAUGGACAUGCCAACAGAAACACUGUCCAGAACGAUGCAAAUUCCGGGCCCUUUAGGAAGGACCAGAAAGCCGUGUCAGGAACAUCGCUCUAUCGACGUCGCUGGAAUUCACCACUCACACUCGCCAGUAUGCAAUGAUGUCUCCGGCGGCAGAAGAUUCUAACACUAGAGCAGUCGCACAUAGUUCGAUUUCAUUCGUGGCACUUAUCGAUCACAAAAUUAGUAGUUCGGUUUAAAAAAUCUUAAAGUUAUUAAAUUUAUAUCCCACACCA